AUGCGCCCUGCCCCCACAUCCGACAUGGUGGCCAUGGGCCCAAGCGAAGAAGAGGGUGAUGGCCACGAUGAGCAACAACCAUUUCUGCCGACCGACAAUCCAAAGCAUCCCGCUGAACUCAGGCCACGGUGGCAGAAAUUAAUCCCUCCCAAGCUUUCUUUAUCUAGAACAAUCAUCUUCGUCAUCCUCGCUGUAGCUACUGUCCUGGGACUGAGUGUUGUCGCCGUUGGCCUUCGACCUGGCAAAGUGCACGGCAAGGAUGAACAUGAUUCCUCCAACGUCGAGCAAGAUCAUGCGCCGCAGCUGAUUCAGUACAAAGAAGAACUGCCAGUUAUACCAAGACUAAGGGAUGAUUCCGAAUACUCGCUGAAUCCCGCCUGGGCCAGUGGAGCUCCUCCCACCACACGUGAAUACUUUUGGGCUAUCGUGGACGGUGAGCUGAAUCCCGAUGGCAUCUACCGGCCAAUGAUGCUCAUCAACAACCAAUUCCCUGGCCCUCUGGUUGAGUGCAAUGAAGGUGAUCGGAUCAUUGUGCACAUUGAGAAUCGUGCAGUCAAUGCUACCUCAAUUCACUUUCACGGUCUAUUCCAGAACGGAACAAAUACUAUGGAUGGAACUGUUGGCAUCACUCAGUGUGCUAUUGCUCCCAACUCCAAUUUCACUUAUACGUUUGAUAUCAAGGGGCAGUCAGGCACCUAUUGGUAUCAUGCCCAUCAAAGCGCCCAGGCAUCUGAUGGUCUACUGGGACCAGUUGUGAUCCAUGCAGCGGAUGAAGGUACUGUCCAGGAGGUGUCAUAUGAUACCGAUCGUAUCAUCAUGAUUCAAGACCACUACCACAACACCACUGCUGAACUUCUCAUGGACUACCUCAAACCGGACAUGGAAAAUGACGAGCCGGUACCAGACAACGCACUGAUCAACGGCCGAGGCCGGCGUAAAUGCGAGGACUUUCCUAGAUCGAGGUGCGAUGACAGCUACCCUCAGAUCCCCUUUCUUGACCUAGAACAGGGAAAACGUCACAGACUGCGAUUCAUCAAUGUUGGUGCCUUUGCCGAAUUUCAAAUCCAAUUUGACGAACAUCCGUUCUACAUUACCGAGGUGGAUGGUGUCGAUGUCCACCCUGCACCCUUCCACCGUCUCAAUAUCAUGCCCGCGCAGAGAUAUAGCGUGAUCCUAGAGACCAAUGUAACCAGCGCUGAAUCAUACUGGAUGCGAGCUCGGAUGGUCACACACUGCUUCACGACAGAAAACGAUCGAUUAGAGCCUGAGAUCAGGGCUAUCAUGAGAUACAGCUCCCCAGGUGGCCAUCUAAGCGAGGCGGCGCCGACUAGUAAGGACUGGGCAGAAGUGAUCGAGGUGGUCUGUCGUGACCUCAACACAAGUCUCCUCCAUCCGGUUCAUAACAUGACACCCCCUGCUGCUGAUGACUUCCUUGUUUUGCGAGCAAAUUUCAUGAUCGGCGCUUGGAGGCUCGCACGAGGAUUCUUCAAUGGUUCAACAUGGCAUGCAAACACGACAUAUCCAUCGCUCCACCGGUUCCUAGACUCCGAAGCCAACGUGACCUCAACGGAGAGCUCUCUAAUUACCAACGAGAUUGAUUUCGAAAGGGAAAACGAGUAUGUAAUCCAAACAACUGGAAUUCGUACGGUCGAUAUCUCCAUCAACAACUUUGACGACGGCUCGCACCCAUUUCACAUGCACGGGCACAGGUUUUUUAUUUUAUUUCAGGGCACAAGCGGAUACCCACCUACAGCAGAGCAAAUGCCUGCACUUCUAGAAGAGAAUAAGGCUCUACUGGAGAACCCACUUCGUCGAGAUACCAUCACCGUUGAAGGGUACGCUUGGGCUGUGAUUCGUGUUGUCCUGGAUAAUCCAGGAAUGUGGGCCUUUCAUUGCCAUAAUACGUGGCACGCCGAAUCUGGAAUGUUGAUGCAGUUUAUGGUGAGAUCCGAGGUUGUCAAAGGGUGGGAGGUAGAUCCAGAGCAGAGAGAACUAUGUCACAGAAACGGCGUUGAGACGGGCCAGCGACCACCAGAUAGUAUCUGGUUUGGCAGCUUCUAA